ACCUAAAUAUGCCAAUUAAAUUAAAUAUUCAAGGAUAAACAGUCGAAGUUGAUGAAAAGUUUGCUGAUGUCAGCAAUUUUUUGAAAGAAGCCUGGUAACCAGGAUCCAAUGAAGAAUUGCCAUUGUUACAAUCCUAAGUAACUUUAGAGGCAUUUAAGACUUUGGAAGAAUAUUACAAAUUCAACAAUUUUAAUCCAAGAGUGAUAGAUGCUAUUACAAAUGAGCCCAUCACCUGCUUUUUAAAUGAGCAUGAUAGAGAAUUGAUAAUGAAGGUCGACGUGUUUAAUGGAAAUCAAUUGAAAGAGUUGUUGGAAGCAGCCAAAUAUCUCCAGACUACUGCAUUUAAGAAGUUAUGCCUAGCAAGGAUUGCUUUUGAAUUCCAUGUCGAUAAAUAAGAGCCAAAUAAAUCAUUUACCGAAUUAAAAAAGAAGUUUAAUUUGUCCAAUACAGCUCUUACUUUAGGAGAUGUCGAAAGAUUUAAGUAAGACUAUCCAACAAUCGUCAAUAAAUACAAUUGAUUUCAUAUAAA